AUGUUCAAAAAGGUGGAACGGAUCACAUGCGUAGGUGCUGGUUACGUUGGAGGUCCCACUUGUGCAAUGAUUGCGCACAAGUGUCCAGAAAUUCAGGUCACUGUCGUGGACAUGAAUUUCGAGAAGAUCGAACAGUGGAACUCGGAAAACCUGCCAAUCUUUGAGCCUGGUUUGGACGAGAUUGUGUUCUCCGCACGUGGGAAAAAUCUGCAUUUUAUCACUGAUAUUCCCAAAGCUAUCAGGGAAGCGGAUCUAAUCUUUAUAUCCGUGAAUACACCGACGAAGACUUACGGUAGAGGAAAGGGAAUGGCUCCGGAUCUCAAGUACGUAGAGUCGGUAUCACGUACAAUCGCGAAACAUGCAGUUGGACCAAAGAUCGUAGUUGAAAAGAGUACGGUACCCGUUCGAGCUGCUGAGAGUAUCAACGCGAUACUCAGAGAGGCUCAACGAAACGAUCCUAGCCUGAAGUUCCAGGUGCUUUCCAAUCCGGAAUUUCUCGCUGAAGGCACAGCUAUCAGAGAUUUGUCUAAUCCAGAUCGUGUUCUCAUUGGUGGAGAAUCGUCCCCUGAAGGAGCGGAUGCUGUAGCCCAACUGGUUCGCGUGUACGAGAAUUGGGUUCCGCGUGACCGAAUCAUCACCACUAACACCUGGAGCUCAGAACUCUCCAAACUGGCUGCGAACGCUUUUCUUGCCCAACGAAUCUCAUCGAUCAAUGCUAUCUCUGCUAUUUGUGAAGCUACUGGUGCUGAUGUGAAGGAAGUCGCGCACGCUGUAGGACUUGACUCUAGGAUUGGAAAUAAGUUCUUGCAGGCUAGUGUAGGAUUCGGUGGAAGCUGCUUCCAGAAAGAUGUGCUAUCUCUGGUUUAUCUGUGUGAAUCACUUAAUCUGCGUAAGGUCGCUGAUUACUGGAUGGGGGUGAUUGACAUCAACACAUGGCAACGUCGCCGUUUCUCCGACAAGAUCAUCGCCGAAUUAUUCAACACCGUCACUGAUAAGAAAAUUGCUGUAUUCGGCUUUGCUUUCAAGAAGAACACCGGGGACACUAGAGAGUCGUCCGCUAUUCACAUAAUCAGUCAUCUUCUCGAGGAACAUGCCCACAUUUCUAUCUUCGAUCCUAAAGUGACCGAAACGCAAAUGCGCUGGGAGUUAGAACAAAGAUCACCGGAGGAGCAAGUGUCGAAAUUAGUCACGGUUCAUCAAGAUCCGUACACCGCGGCAGACGGCGCGCAUGCUAUUGUCGUCCUCACCGAAUGGGAUGAUUUCAAGGAACUCGACUACGAGCGAAUCUACAAAUCGAUGCAGCAUCCGGCGUCGAUAUUUGACGGUCGACUCAUCCUCGACCAACGUCAACUCCGCUCAUACGGCUUCCGAACCUUUGCGAUUGGUUCAGCUCCCGAUCAAGCCUACAAUCUGUUUGGAAGCUCUGGUUAUUCAUCUUGA